UAAAUGAAAACUGAAAACAUUUGACAUAUAGGAUUUAGUUUAGAAUUUCAACGUAGUAUUUUGUUAUGAUUCUGUUUGAGUUUUAAUAUUUGAACAGAAAAAUAAUUGAGUUUUCUUCAUAUGAAAUAUUUCACAAGAUAUAAAAGUUGAUAUGAAUGUUGUGUAAACGCUUUUUUCACAACGCAUUUCGCUUGUUUCAAAUGUUUUUCAAAAUAUUUAUAAAUUGCGAUUAAUAUGUAUGAUUUUAGAUCAUAUUUUUCGAGUUGUAGGAGGUAACCAUCAUGCUGAGUUUCAGUAAUUAUGUCUACUAAUUAUAUUAUUGUUAUAUCUGUUUUGGAAGGAAAAAACUUCCCAACUCGCCAUGACAAAUAUUUGCUUGUGGAAGCAAAAUUUGAUGGAGAGGUUAUGUCAACAGAUCCUGCUCCCCAUGUCAUGCGACCUCACUUCAAUACAGAAUUGGCAUGGGAAGUGGACAAGAAAGGUCUUCAAAUGCAUCGUCUGCAGAGAUCUCCCAUCAAGCUGCAGUGGUAUGCUGUUGAUCUUGAUCUCACUAAAAAAGAGACUAUCGGUUACAUGAUAAUUGAUGUAAGACUUGCCCAAGAAAAACUACAGAGUCCCAAGUGGUAUCCACUUCUGAACUCAAAAUACCAGAAGGAAAAGCCAGAAGUCUUACUUUCAUUAUAUUUAGAAAGGGUUGUGGAAGAAAUUCCUUCUUCAUUGCCAAAUGGUCACAGUGCUUAUAGUUCUCGUAGAAAUUCUCUGAGCCAAGAUAGAAAUGGAUGCAAGAAGCAGCCUGUUGCACCUAGAAUCCCUAAACCAUCUACUAUGAAGACACCUAAUCAUGUAUCUCAUACAAACUCCUUAAAACCAAUUUUGCUGUCUCAAGCUGGAUGCUACCAAAUAGGACCUCCAGAACUCUGCAAUGAAAAAUAUGUAUUUUCUGUUACUUUGGCUUUUGCAGCUAAUCUAAACAAGCUUGCACCUCCUGCUAUGUUGAAGUCUUCCAAAGGUUUCUUCUUCUAUUAUUCCUUGUUUGAUAAUGAUGUUAUAACUGAAAAAUUCUCCAGUCUUUCCAAUCCUGAUUUCCUUGCUGAAAGAGCUUCUGUCCGUAUAUCUAGUUCACCAAAUGUAUUAUCAGAAUAUUUUGAGCAAAAUUCUGCCCUAGAGAUAUUGCUGUGCUGUGGUGAUAUUUCUUUGGGAUCUGGUCAGAUACCUUUAGGGCCACUUUCAUGUGUAAAUAAUCAUGAUAUAAAUCAAGAACCUUUGUGUAUUGAAGGAAGUGUCCAAAUAAUGCCAAUUGAGAAGACAUCUCGCUUAGGAGGUGAUGAUUUGUCUCCCUUUGUUGGCGUAACUGUUGUUUUACAAGCUGAUAAGCCUGAUGAAGAAUCUAAUGAACAUAAAGAAAACAGCACACCAGUUCAGGAAGAAAUUGCUCCUCCUGAAACAUCUCAGAACCAUCAUCGUUCAGCUUUGACAUUAAAAAAAAAUCCGAGUUUUGCCCAAAAAAUUUUUUCUAAGAAUGAAGAUAUCCUUUCUUCUCAUGAUGCUCAAGGGGAUAAAAUUAAUGUAGAUAGAUCUGAAAAUUCAAAUCCUCACCACAGUGCCGUGCCAAAUGAUCCCAGUUCUGGGUCCUAUAAUCAUUCUUCUGAUAAUAGUCCUCCAGAAGUUAGAGAUCCAAGCACAGCUAUAAACAGUCCUCCUAAUUCUCUGCCUAUAAAAAAUGACAACAGUGCACAUCAUUUUUCGUUUUCUCUAGAUCUGUGCAACUUCAAAGCAACACGAUUAGCUCAUCCUAUUAAUCUCUUUAUUAGAUAUUCUUAUCCAUUUUUUGGCACUACAUCAUCUAUGGUCACUCAUCCUGACAUUGAAGUGAAUCCCAAGCGAGAAAUCAGUAUUCCUCAUGGUUAUUGUGCCUUCAAUUUUGCAACUACAUUUACUCUACUGAAAUCAACUUUUUGGGAAACUCCUCUUAUACUGGAAGUACUUCACAGAAAAAAAGGUGGACAAGAACAACUUGUUGGAACUGCUCGAAUUAAUUUGUUUCAAGUUUUAGAUGCUGCUUGUGUGAGUCAUUCGGUUGAUAAGAAGCAAGGUAUGCGGCAGAUGAGUACUUGCAAAGUUGUUGUGACAUCUCCAGAAGGUUAUGAAAUUGGUGAGAUUUAUGCUGCUUUAACUUUAAUUGAUUUUGGACCAACUUCUGCUCUUUGUGAUCAUCAUUCAAAUAAAUCUACCAUAUCUUGCUAUAAUGAGGUUCGUAAUUAUGUCCCAAAUUUCAAUGUCCCCAUAUUGAGGCAAAAUGGACUAACUCAAGAUGAACUUCUUCAGGCUGCUUUAGAAUUAGAAUUGUGGCAAGAACGACAAAGAGAACUUUUUAGAGCUCAGCUCAAAGAUAAAGAAAUGCAACAUCUAUCAGUUCUUACUUCAGAAUGGAAGCAACGAGAUAUGGAAAGAGAAUUGUUACUUCAAAGGCAGCUUCAAGAAUGUCAAAAAUUAGAAGAUAAAUUAAAAACAACAUUAAAAGAUGCUGAAUUGAAAGAAAAGCAGCUGUCAACUCAAGAAAAAGAACUCUCCAUGAGACUCCAAAAAUUGGAUGAACAACAAGAGCGGCAGAAAAAGGAAGCAAAAAAUCAAAUUGAAUCCAUUAAAAUGGAAUUUAAUGAGCUUUUAACACUUGAAAGGUUAAAUGUACGAGAAUUGGAACAGAAGAAUAGUUCUUUAGUUCAAAAGGUUAAAGAGCUUGAAAAAGAAUUGCUAGAAGUGCAAAGUGCUGCUGAUAGUUUAAAACUGCAAGCUAGUAAAGAUCCAGACGUUCAGUUGAGAACAGAAGUUAACAUUUUAAAUAUGGAAAAGGCUGAAUUGCAACAAAAAUUAGAGACUGCAUUAGCUUCUAAACAAAAAUACAAAUACCAAUGGAGUCAAGCUGUAAGACAGAUCAAUGCACUUCAGCAGAAAAUUCAUAUGAUGGAAUGUUUAGAAAAGGAGAAAAAGGAAAAGAUUGCUGCUUUACAACAGAGAAUAAUCAAUGCGGAAGAAAAGAAUGCUCACCAAACUAAUGAUGAUAUAUUGGAAAUGAUGAAUGAGAAAGUGCAAAGUUUAAAGUCUGUGGUAUCUCCUGAAAAUAUACAGCAACAAUUGCGACAGAUGUCACUAGCUAUGCAUGGCUCUGAAACUGUUCCAACCAGCAGUGCAUGCCAUACUCGUCCAAACUCAAGCACCAUGAUGAACAAGAUAAUUUCUAAUGGUCCUAUUCUGAAUUCAAUUGCCAAAUGUAUGACCAGUAUUUCAAGUGAAACUGGAAAACAUAAUUCAAAUGUUUCUGUAUCUACACCAAGUGAUACUUCUGGUUUGACACCCAGUCCACAAGAGCAAAAUUUACCCAAUGCAAAUCAGCUUCCAUCAAAAUCUUCCACCAUAUCCAAGCCAACCAAAGAAUCGCCAGAUCUCAAUGGAAAUACAACAGCCAAAGACACUAAUUUACACAUUCAGCAUUUACUCGCUGAAAAAGAAUCUCUUCUCAUACGAGGAUAUACAGAACAAGAUAAACUAAUCAAAGAGCUAAAUUCUCAUAUAGAGAAGGCUAAGAAUGGAUUUAAAUAAUCUUAUUUGUAAAAUUUAUUGCUUUAUAUAGAUCUGUAGUGGAAUUGUUUCAGUAUAUUUGCUUUGAUUUUAAAUAAUCUGUAAAUAAAAUUCUUGUACAUAGAUUUUUGUUGCUAUCAUCAAAGUUAUUGCUUAGAGAACCCUAUUGUGAUAAUAUUAAUUCCUUAGUCUUUUUUUUUUUCUUAGAUGAUAUAACUAGUGUUUUCUUGUUUUUAUUAGAUCAAAAUAUGUUAGUUUUAUGAAUAGUAUAUGUUUAUAGAAUGUUUUAAAGACUAACCCUUCCAGUACAAUAUAGAAAAUAGUCAAUUCUAAUCUUAAAUCUUCUUAUUUUGGAAAAUAGUUUAAUUUUUGUUGCAUAGUUUUUAUUUAUUGUUGUAUGCAAAGUAAGAAUGUUUUAAAAAAUAGUUAUGGAAAUAGAAAUGUUAAUGUAAGCCCUCAUUGUACAAGAUUCAUCAUGAAAGUAUUAUUUGAAUUUUAUUUCAACGAUUUGCAACGAAAGUGUAUCUUCUGUGAUGUACUUUUAUUAUUAUCUUUGCAAACUCUUACUUUUGAUAAAUUCACAAGAGCUGAAUUUUCAGAGAAAUAUUUUCAAACUAUUUUCCCUAGAAUUACCCACUUUCUGCAUAUAACAAAUUUGCACUUAAAGAAAAAAAGUUAUUACUUCCAGGUUUUGGAUCAGUAUUUGAAUAAUUACAUCAACUUAUUUGAUAGAUAUUUUUUUUGCUGUAUUUUAUUAUUAAUAUGAGGCAAAUGAAUGCAUUGCAUAUGUACAUAGAACAAAAUAGUUUUUCAUAAAUUAUGUGUUUUUAAUUCAAAUUCAGUCUCAGAAAUAAAAUUGAAGGUUGAUGAAUAAUAAAAGACAAGGAAAAAAUAAUAACUAAGAAAAUCAUGUCAGUAAAAAAAAUUUUUUAAAGGGAAUUAUAACUUCUGUUUUGUUAAACCAUAUUUUAUUUAGUUUUUAUACAUAUAUAAAUUCAAGACUAUGUUUUAUUACUAUUAUUGUAAAAGUGUUACAAAGAAAAAGAAAGGGGGGGGGGGAUAUAUUUAUAAAAGAGCUUGAAAAUAUAACAUUUCCAACAUCUAUUAUUACAUUUUCUAAAUUUGUAUGCUUUUAUUUUAUCUAUGAUUCUUUUGAAAUUCUGAUUCAUAAAAUGAACUUUUACAAUUUUUUAAGGUAUAUGGAAACUUGAUUAAUUAGAAAAUUGAUUAUUUUUUAAAUCAACCUUAAUCUGAAAUAAUUUUAAUGUUAAAGUAAUUAAUGUCUAUAAUAAUUUACCUUUCCAUACUAAUUUUGAAUCUGCUCCAGUCUAGGAUAUAAAUUUUGUGCAAAAAAGUAUUUUUAUUGCAUCAAUUGCUGAUAAAAAAAAAAUCUGGUUCCAGAAUGAUGUUGUUUUAUUGAUACCUCCAUUUCCUGGUACUAACAACAAUCCUGCAGAAAUCUCUAGUCCUCUUAUGUAUAAUAAUUGCUGUGUAUUUGUAUUUUAUAUGCAUUUUUAAUAAGAAUUAGUUAAUAUUGCACCAAAUGUUUUUACUUUUAUACUCUGGCAUAUCCUUAUUUACUAUCCAGUUUGAACUUCACAUGCACCUAAGUUAUUUUAAUAAGAUAUUUAAAGUAAAAAACAAAACUAAUUACUCUAAAUUCCAGCUUAUUAUAUAAAUUUUCUAAUAAAUGUGUCUUUAUUACAAAAAUAUCGUAGCAAUAUUUUUUUGUUUGUUUGUUUUAUCCUUUUUUACCUUAUUCUAUGCUCUCUUACUACUUACAAUUUUUUACAUGUAAAUUUUAUGCAUAUAAGAUAUAUGCAUCCUAUAUACUGUUUUAUGAAUUUACUUUAUUAAAUAUAUAUGAUUUAUGUUUUUACCCUAAUUUACAUAUAAAGCUUGUUUUUAAGACUAUAA